AUGCGUAAAAACUUUGAUAAUUUCCUAGUAACCCUAAAAAGGUUGGAUCUUGAUUUCGACGCUAUUGUCUUCAGCGAGUGCUGGCUUAAUGAGUUUGUGACGGUCCCCCUAUUGCAAGGAUUUACAUCAUUUUACUCUCAAAAGUAUAUUAACAGGGCAGGAGGAGUCGCUAUCUACAUAAGAGAUAGGUGGUCAGCCAAUUUUUCUGAGCUGAACGUUGACGAGGGUAAUUGUAUUCUCGCAGAAGUUGCAAAUCACUUCUCAGUAGUAGCCGCUUACAGAUCACCUAGUUACACCAACCCAGAAAUAUUUAUUCGCUCUCUUGACGCUAACUUAAAAACGGUUAGUCCCUCUCCUUGUCUUAUUUUUGUUGGAGACAUAAACUUAAAUAUUAUUGGGUCUGCAGCUGACAUAAACUUGCACACGGAGUACUUAGAUGUAUUAGCAGAGUACGGUCUUUUUCCAGCUAUAACCAAACCAACUCGGGUCAAAACCUGCAUAGAUCACAUUUUUGUACCCGUAAAAUCUAAUGCGGAGUCCGUAGUCUAUCUCAAUGCUGCCACUGACCAUGAUAUCACUAUGGCAGGCAUAAUGUUAAAGACACACAAACCAAAAAGACCAAAACCUAUUCGAUCAAGAGUAAUAGUUGACACAGACUCAAUAAGAUCAGAGCUGGAAGGAACGGACUGGUCAACAGUAAUAAACUGCAGCUCUCUUGAAGAGUCUGUUACUCAUUUUACUAAGACGGUAUCAGAGGCAAUAUUGAGAUAUUCAAAAACUCGUGUAAUAAGCCGCUCCAGAACUACCAUACACCCCUGGAUGACUCCUGGUUUAAUCAGAUGCUCUAAACACCGCGAUAAGCUUCAUAUAGAAUAUCGCAAGGACCCAAACAACCCAACUAAAAAACUUAUAUAUACGCGCUAUAGAAAUUUUUACAUAGAUCUAAUUAGAAGACUAAAACGUGAUUACAACAAAAAAGAAAUAAUCAAAAAUAAAUAUGCUCCAAAAAAACUCUGGGGUACUAUAUACCGCAUAACUGACAAAGACACUAGCUCAAGUACUCCCAUGGCUCUCAUCAACUCAAGACCCUCCGUAAAAGAGUCUCUCAAUGUUUGCAACUCCUACUUUGCUUCUGUAGGUAAUAAGCUGGCAAACUCUAUCACGCUGAAAUUAAAUGAGACUCAAGAGUCCCUUGCCGAAAAAGUUCACAUUCCUGAUCAACCCGUUGGUUCAUUAUUCAUGAAUCCUACAGAUGAACUGGAAGUUUUGGGUCUCAUCCGGUCUCUUGAUUCAGAGAAUAAAGCCCAGAACUCUUCAAAGGUAAAUGCUUCCACUACUGAUCAUUCAAAGAUGAGCUUCUCCAAGGAGGCAAAUACACAAGCUCCGUCACCAAGUUCACCAAACUUCAGUUGUUAUGGAUGUAUAGCUCCUGGUGUUGUUCCUACUAUUUGCCCAACGUGCAAUCAGAAAAAGAACCAGCCACCACGUAAAGAGCAUACCGCUGACUCUCACCAAGAAUAUGAAUCUUAUGGGGAAAGUUUCGUCAGUUUCGAGAAAGAUGUUAAGCUUUCACCAGUGAGAGUGGACAUAAAUUCAUUGCCUAACUUGCCAGAGAGUAGUGCAACUGAGGUAGGAUUUAUAACACCUUAUAAAUUGAGGCCUAUUGACAUCUCUUCUCCACCUCCAAAGAAACAGUGCACUCAACUGUUUGAUGGUUACUCACCUGUAAUAGAUUCACUGUACGCAGAUGCCAAAAAUGGUCUGAUGGAGUACGAUCAAAAUGGUUUUGAAUCAGAUCUUUUCCCAGAUACAGGAAUCUUCUCAGUGGAUGCAUCCAUGCUCGAUCUUCUUCUUCUUCUUAUCUUCACGCACAAUCCCUAA